CGCAGCCCGGGAGGCGGGUCUUAGCUCCUAGGUGUGUAUGGCAGCUGAGGUGGCGAAACUUCGAGGUGCGGGGAGAGGGUGCCGGAUCCAGGUGUAGAGAGCGGCGGUAUCAAGGCGAGAAGAGCGAGUCCGCCCCUCUCCCGCCUGGAAAGUGGUUUCUGCCGGUCCCUGGGAACACCGGAGUACCGGAUCUCGAUCCGUGGGGGCGGGGUCCUUGGAGGGGACGGAGCGCCCCCUCCUGGGAACAGGCGGUCUGUUCGCAGGGACUGCUGUUGGAGCCUGAUUGGUUAGAGAGACAUUCCCUAAACCCCUGGGGAGCCCAACCCUUGGGGUUGGGGGAUCCCCAGCUCAGUACUCCUGCAUCUCCUAUCAUCGCAGGGCCCCUUCCCUAGUGACAUAUGUCCCUUGUCCGGGGCCAUGGAGACACUGCAGCCACCAUGGCGGCGCCUCUGUCUGAAGAAGGGGAAGUGACCUCCGGCCUCCAGGCUCUGGCCGUGGAGGAUACCGGAGGCCCCUCUGCUUCGGCCGAUCAAGCCGAGGAAGAGGGGGAAGGAGGCCGGGAGGAGGCUGAGCAUGAGGGGUCCGGGGCCGAGGAGGUGCAGGGAGAAGCCCCCAGCACUGAGGGGGAAGAGCAUGCCAAGGGAGAAUCCGAGGACUGGUGCGUGCCCUGCAGCGAUGAAGAGGUGGAGCUGCCCGCUGAUGGGCAGUCCUGGAUGCCACCCGCCUCGGAAAUCCAAAGGCUCUAUGAACUGCUGGCUGCCCACGGUACCCUGGAGCUACAGGCUGAGAUCCUGCCCCGCCGGCCACCCACACCUGAGGCCCAGAGUGAAGAGGAGAGAUCCGAUGAGGAGCCAGAGGCCAAAGAGGAGGAAGAGGAAAAACCGCACAUGCCCACAGAAUUUGACUUUGAUGAUGAGCCAAUGACACCAAAGGACUCCCUGAUUGACCGGAGACGCACCCCAGGAAGCUCAGCCCGGAGCCAGAAACGGGAAGCGCGCCUGGACAAGGUCCUCUCAGACAUGAAGCGACACAAGAAGCUGGAGGAGCAGAUCCUUCGUACUGGCAGGGACCUCUUCAGCCUGGACUCAGAGGAUGCCAGCCCCACCAGCCCCCCACUCCGGUCCUCAGGAAGUAGUCUCUUCCCCCGGCAGCGGAAAUACUGAGUGCUGCUGCCCUUAGGGUGCAGAGUCUACCUGCUGGGGCCUUGGCUCUUCUUCCCUAACCCAGGCCGCUGGGAAACUUGGGAAGAGGAGAGACACUCCAAGCUCCCAACACAGCACCUUGCCAGAAAGAGGACAUACGUGUAUGUGUUUAUGUUUUCUAUUGAACAUCUCUUUGGAGACCUGGGCUGAAUUUUCUGAAUCUAAAAUAAAAAAUACCAAGUUA